CAUGCGUCUAAUCAUUUCCCCUUUGACGUCCGUUCAGAUCACUGUAUUGAUACGUUCAGACAUCUUAUUACAGGCUAAGAAAAUGUUUUCAAUCAGACAUUCUGGUCGAGUUUUACACAAACUUGGUUCGAGGAAUUUCAAUACUUCGCUUCGAAGUCAAGGUCAACAUAGUCACCAGUUUGUUGUGGUCGGAGGAGGAGCUGGGGGCCUUGCUAUGGCUUCUACGCUCAACCGUAAGUUUCCUAAAUGUACUGCUAUCAUUGAACCAUCUGAGGUGAGAGAGUUAGAUUUUCAUUUAAAUUUAUGAUACUAAUUCUAAGCUAGAAAUCAGAGCACGGCGUCAAAUGUGGUCGCAAGUACCAGUAGGAUGAAUCAAAGAAGUCCCAUCGUCUUUGAGCUGUUUUCCGGUGACUUUAUUCUUUUCAUGAACAGAGAGUUUGGCUAAGCUCCCAAAUUCAGACGUAAUCGCAAGUUAGUUUUCACACCAUAACUCUUUGUUUUUGGCAUUUGCUUGAACUUAUUUUCUUUUUUUCAUGCAGGUUACAUCAUCUUCCACUAAAGAUUAAAUGUUCGUGCAGCAGUGCACGCCAAAAUUCUCAAGCAUGUCCAAUUUAAUUUGUGAUAUUGCGUAAUUGGACAUAAUAGAUAUACAUAAAUAGAACGGAGAUUGUCGUUAAGCACCGUUGAUUACAAACAUAUAACUAUGGAUCUUAAGGGCUGAUUAGGAGCGUCAAUUGGGGUCAGGGGUCAUCUUAAAAUCCUGCCCCUAGGAAAUGCAGGCCUACCAAUCAGUUUAAUCAAUUAUUACAUCCAUUUUGAAAUCACUGGUGGUCCCUGUAAUCUGAUUGGCUCUAAUUAGUGCAAUUUAUCACAAAUUGCACCAUUUUUUGCUUUAAAUUGCUAAAUUGCUUUUUCCCAGCCAAUGAGCAAGCCACACUAAGAAACAAAACAACCAAUCAGAUUUCCAGGCUUGUUUAAAGUAACCAAUCAAAUUGCAGGAAAAUGAAAGACAAAGAGUAUCAUGUGGGAAAUUUUGCAACUUUUGUUUCCAAAACUCUUAUUUCCCCCCCCCCCAAAAAAAAAAAAAAAAAAAAAAUUAAUGAAUUUAAUUUCAAACGAGCUCAGUAUUGCAUCAAUGAAAUAUUUGAACUGACCAAGUCCUGAAUUUGGGCGAUUUCAAAAUGGAUGUAAUAGAGUGGUAAUUGAACCUCAUGUCGCGCAAUUUUGGUCUGAAAUCAUACUUGUGGUUUCAAAUUGAAAAAGCACUGUGUGCUCGUUUGAUAUUGAAAUCACACGUAUGAUUUCAGCCCAAAUUGAACUCCACUCAGUUCAAUUACCAUUAUUAAUUACAAAUUUGAUCUGUUAGUUAAGAGUUGAGAAACAUAUCUGUAGGACAUAUACAUUAACAUAAUGCCAAUCUAUGAAUUUAGAGGAGUAAGCAAUGAUGCAUGAACAUGUGAUAACAAUCAAAAUUCAGACUUGUUAUCUUUGACCAUUCAUUGAUAAAAGACAACAUGGACUUUUCAAUCAACAUCAGUUAAUAGGUGAAACUGUGUAAUAAAAUUCAGAUAAAUUUAAUUUUAUCAGUUGACUGGGGCAGAGAGUUUAGAUAUUCUCUUGUUUCACCUGCCUAGCUUGUCGUGUGAAAAUUUGAGUCCUUGAUAUCUAAUAUGUAGUGGAUGCUUUUUUUGUACUUUCUGUAUUUCCUCAAAUAAGUGCCUUUUCUCUAAUAAGCACUGUACCCAAAAGGUGAUAGUGUCAAACAAGCAGUCCACUGACUGAUAACUGCCCUCCUCCUCCCCUACUUUCUCAAAUAAUAGGGGCACAAGGAAAACCUGUUUCUAUCGUCACUGUAUUUACAACUUUUUAAGCUUCCAUUCCUACAUAACAAGAAAAUAAUUUCUUUUUUGUCCCAUUGUAUUUUUGUCCUGCUCCCUGUUCUCCAUGUGCCAGCAGAGUUCUUUAUGUGCAUUAUCUGUUCUUUUAAUUUUUGUCUUAUUGCUGACUGCUAACUGAAUAAGCACUCCCCUUGAUUAAGCACCAUCCUUCAAAUAAGUGCCCCUCCUUUUUGCUGAAAUUUUUGUAUUUGAGGGUAUAAAGUUUCUGAAUGUGAAUUUCAUGUGUAAAGCUUUAUACUUUUUAUUUUCAGAAUCAUUAUUAUCAGCCACUUUGGACAUUGGUUGGAGGUGGAGUUGAACGUCUUGAGAGCUCUAUGCGGCCUACUGAAAGCCUCAUUCCUGGAGGCUGCACAUGGCAUAAAACUCGAGUCGUGGAAUUCAAUCCAGAUCAAAAUCUUGUACUAACGUCUAAUGGAGAUGAGGUUAAUGGUUACUUUCACCAUAAUUAUGUAUUAUUACAAAUAUUGAUAGACCUUGCUAGCAGGAUAUGGUGAUUUCUCUCUGUAUUAAUAGGAAGGGGUUUGCUCUGGCUAUUAUUUUCAAGGGUGUAGAUCAUUCAUCCUUGUUCUUGUUUGGAAUGGGAGUUAAGAAUGGGUCCUUAU